AAGUACAAAGGCAUUGUGUACGGAGUAAUUAUCUUUUUUUUUUUCGUUGGUAAUUAUUUGUUGUUUGGUAAGCCAUACCUAGUUUUAUUAUUAAAAAAAAAAUACACACACAUCAAAAAUGCUGAUAAUUUGUUGCAUUCACCCACUUUGGGCUUACCAAAGAUUGUAUUGUAACUUUCGUAUAUAAUAUUAAUUAAGACGAUCUAUAAUAAUUUACCUAAUUAAGUUAUUUUAGUUGUACUGUAUGAUAGUAUUAGUCAUUAGUAUUAGUAUGAUACUGAUACUGUAUAUGAUCUAGUGUAUGGUCUACAAGUAUAAGGCGUAUAUGGGGCUUUCGUAGUUAUACGCCAGAUCAGACUGAUUAAGAUUAGGUCAUUAAUCAUUAGACAUUAGUAGACUCAUUAGUCAGAGUCUGUGAGACUGAGACUCUUAGAAUUUAGCAUUACUUAACUACUAAGUAAGACUAAGAAAAUCAUUGCUAUUAUUAUUACCAUGUAUGACAUUAGUCUUAGUCUUGAGUUUAGGCUUAGUCAAUUAUUAGUCUCAUUCAAUACUAGACUAAACCAAAUAGUAAAUUAAAUAGAGAGUAAGAGUAGCACCACUAGCAUAGAUAAUUCAUAAGUUAUUACUAAUAUUAAUAUUAUUUAUAACAUUCAGUUAUAUUUCAUUUUAAUUUUACAUGUAGCAUAAUUUUCAUGCCAUUUAAAAAAAAUUUAAAAUGAAUAUAGUCAUGGUUUAGGAUGAGGAUGGUUUUAUUAUAAGUUAUCUUAGUUUAUAAUUAUAAAUUAUAAGGUUAGAGAAAGUGUGCAGUGAUGAAAAUCAAAGGGCUCAUUUCGAGCAUCUUUCGCUUUCUUAAAUUUUACCCAGUCCUGCAUGCCUGGAUAUUGAUUCUUAUUGAUUUGAAAGGGAUGGUUUAUUCUAUAGCUAUAUUAAAUGAUGCAGGUGUUGCUCAUCGAAAUGAUAUAGAAUGAUUAUCAAUAAUAUGAUGUCCCAUAGGGGUGUGCCGGACCCCGGUCCGGAAUCCGGUUCCGCCGGAUUUUGCACUAUCCGGUGAAAUCCGGUUCCGCCGGAUUUACAUGUAUCCGGAACAACCGGAUUCCGGAAUCCGGAAUAUACCGGAUUUCGGAAUUUGCCAGAUUUUGUGACUCACCGGAUCAUAAUCUGAAAUAAAAGUAAUUCUCUUUCCCGAAUUCCACACGAUCACGAUACAUUAAUCGAUUGUUUCGAGCGUUGAGCUUGUUUAAUGUUUAAUAUUCCGUACAUACCAGAGGCUAGAGUCAGCACCGCUAAUAGUGGCCAAUAGUGUAGGGACUUUGAUAAGAAAAUUUAAACUUUUUGUAAAAAUAAACCAAUGGCAUAGUUGAAAAGAUGUAAUUUUUUAAAGAAUUAUAACACCAAAAUCAUAUUUUUAGCUGUUGUAGUUUUAAAGUUAUGAAUUUUUAAAGUACGACUUGGUUUGUCAUUUUUUAACAUGGACUGCAUCUCCACAUUCUGUGAUCUCAUUCCACCAAUCCCGUCAUGCGCAAUGACUAUAUAGUUUAUAUAAGGCAACGCAUUCCCUGCCUUAUCACUAAAAUACUGUUUAGACUUAGUUUAAACUUUCAACUUUGGCACAUGAAUAAUUAAUUAAAGCUUUCCCUGACCAAUGGUUUAAUAGUUUUUGCACACGGCAAACUCUUAUGAAUGAAACUCUGAGGUAGUACUACGAUACAGUUAUGCAAGUGGCUGUGAAUGGUUGCCAAUGACAACGUGUUGCACACGGUAAAUUCUGAUCAUUUAUAAUAUGGAUUCUACCGGGUUGUUAAAGCUCAAAUUAAAACAUUCCAGUUUAAAUGUCUUUAAAUGCAUUCUGAAACACAAGUUAUCAAUUAUUUUGAUGUAAAUAGUGAUAAUAAAUUAAUAUUUCCUAAGUAUCGUCAACUUCCGCCAUUAAAAAGGGGGGCGUGGCCAACCCCAUGGCGAAAUUAGGUUGAGCGAGCUGCAUAACCUGCUGCGAACGCGUAGAAACAUGGCGUCUCUCGUAAGACACUUAUCCAAAUGGAACGGAACUCAAAUAUAUAUCGAAAGUACUAAUUUAAUAAUAAAUAGACACACACAUCGGAAAAUUAAAAACUCGGAUUUUUUGGCGCCGAUUGCGAAUUCCCAUACACAAAAAGUAGUAGUCCACCUUGACUUACCGAAGUAUCAACCAAUAGUACCAAAAUCCGGAAUCCGGGAGAAACCGGAAUCCGGAUCCGGCGGAUUUCGCAUAAGAAAAUCCGGAUCCGGAUCCGGUUGGAAAAAACGGAUCCGGCACACCCCUAAUGUCCCAAUCUUUCUGUGUCCUGAUUGGAUGGAUAUACUCAAAAUCUAAUAAUAAAAUACACUGCCUCUUACCUCCAAACCGUCAUAGUCAUUAGGCUUGCAUUAACUUAGUCAAAUAAUAAAAUAGCUGACUUAAAACUUGUGAGCUUGAAAGCUCUUAAAUGAAAUAAUCUAACUCAUGGUUCCCCGCAAUUUAAAAUAUGAGUGCUCUGUCUCACUAAACUUACUGUAGGAGCAAAAUGAGUAAGGGUCCAGGUGGAUAAUCAUAAUUCUAAUGCUGGAUGAUUUAGCAGCGUGGCAGUCUUGAAGAUGUGGCAUAUUUUGGGUCCCAAUCCAAAUCUAAUGUCACUGUCUUUAAAUUAACAAUCACAUGAACCUUUACACUGGGUAAUUAGUAAGGCCUACUAGUAUGACUUAGUGAUUGCAAAAGGAAUAUUUAUAUUUAAAUAUAUGAAUAUAAUAAAUGGCUUCUUAGAUUUUCAUUUGUAGCAUUUUCAUGCAUCCACAAUUUUGUUGUAUCAACAGCAUUGUUGUAUCUACAGCAUUGUCCUAGUCUGACUCUUAUAUUUUUUGUUGAGUAUCCCUUUUUUUUGGAUAAGUGUGCCAAGAAAUUUAAAUCAACCAUUACCUGUAACAUGGUUGCUAACAUCAGUUUCAAGUUACUCAUCAUACUCUUAAAUAGACCAACUAGUUGAUUCAGGGAUUUUAAAGCGAUAGCCAAAAUGGGCUAAAUUGCCUCAUGUUUAAUUUUCUCAUCACUCUUUUCAGAUGCCUUAAAUUUUCUAAAUUAUCACUGUUUCCAUGAGGGCUUUACGUUAUAAUUAAAUCAAGUGUGAAAAGUUCAGUUUAUGAUGAAUUUUUAAAACGACUAAGCAAAAAUGGCCAUGCAGAUAAAGAAGGAACCUGGUCCAAGUACUAGUGGAUCAGGUUUGGUUGGGUAAGUAAAAAAAGCUACAUUCUGAUUGCUGAUUUCAUUUAGUUUUUCCAUUGAAUAUUUUAUAUAAUUUGAGAUUUUGCUACUUUUUUUUUUUUUUUUUGAAAACUAGCUUUAAAACCUUUUUUUACUUUUUGGUAUUCUGAAUCCUUUUUAUAUUUUUGUAUUGUGUAAGCUGAACAUUUUUAAUAAAAAUAUGAGAAAAUUUUAAUUUGUUUUUAAUAGAUCAUUGACAGAUGUGAAGAAAGAACCAGGUGUCACCUCUCAAACCCCAGGGACCGCCAAAGCUCAGCUUAUCAGUAAGAUCAAGAUAACAUUAAUGCAAGCAUGGCGAGAUCGAUGGACAGAAAUACAGUGGGCCAUACAACUGAAAAAGCUAAUGGCAGCUUAUUUUUCAGAGUCUGUAGACAUUGCUGGUAAUUUUUAUGCAUAAUUCCCAUUAAUAAUUUAUAUUUUUAUAAUUAUCUGAAAAAUUUAUGGCUUAAGAACUUGGGGAAUAGACAUUUUUUUCCCACCUAUGCCAUGUAAAAGAAUUUUUUAAACCUUUGAUCAAUUCAAAUUAUAACUUAUUUAUUAUUUGUGAAUUUUAAAAGUUGUUUGCAAUUGAACAUUUAAAUUUGAGUGUCUUGUUUUUUAACUGUUGAGUUUCCUUCCUCUCUCUUUUGUAAAAAGAAAUUUUGAUGCAGCAAGCUCUCAUAGGAAGCAGCCCAAACUCAUUGAUCCUGUCUUAUUUGAAACAUAGUGUCUUGUCUCAGGUAAAUACAAAAUUAACUUUGAAAAAGAUGAUGCUUAUUUUUUUCUUCUCAAAUUGACCUUUUUUCUUUAAAAAUUUGGCUGUAUAUUUAAAUAAGAGCUAUACAUUUUUUAUUUCAGAUGAUUCCUUUUAAUACCGUUCUGAAAUACAUCACAGAAUUCGAAGAUUUUUCUCGGCCCUACUGUGUUCUAGCACUUCUCCAUCUAGCUGAGAUGUUUGGAUCAAAAAUAAGGUACUACACGGUCAGGCAUUUUUUAUAAAGCACUAAUUAUUUUCUAUAUUUUUGGUCCUUAUUUUAUAAUGUUAUGAUCUGUUUUGCCAUUAUAAGUUAUUUCACUUCCACAGUUUUAGCCCUUGCCAUGACUCUCCUCUACAACUUGUCCGCACUAUGCUAAGUCUCAACCAUUGGCUUGUAAAGGCUUUGUUUACAUGUCUUCAGGUAAGGAUUUUAUGGCUUGAUUUCAUUAUCUAUUUUAAGGAAUAUUUCCAGUUUUUUUAGACAUAAAAACAAUUUCAAUGGAAUGUUAAGUAAUAAAUUUAAAUGAAAUAUAUUGAUAAAAAUCGUCAUAAUAUACUGUAAGGAAAAUUUCCAGUUUUUUUAAAUAAAAAGAAUUUAUUAUUAAAAAAUUGUAAUUGUUUUCUAAAGUUUCAUUUUCAUUGGAAAUGUUAAGUAAUACAUUUCUAUGAGAAAUCUAUAACAUUCUUGCUUGGAGCUUUCUAAACAAAAAAAGAAAAAGAGAAUUAAUAAUAGGCAGAGUGUCAUUUAUUCUGCCUGUGAUUAAUUCUUUUUUUUUUUUAGUCAUUUGAAUGUCAUUUAUUCUGCAGUUCAAAUUAAAUUUAUAUUUUCAAAUGUAUCAAAUGGAAUGGAAUAUUUCUUGAACAUACACUGAGUAGUUGAACGUUUGUACUGGAAUAUUUCUUGAACAUACACUGAGUAUUUGAAAGUUUGUACUGGAAUAUUUCUUGAACAGACACUGAGUAUUUGAAAGUUUGUACUGGAAGAUUUCUUGAACAUACACUGAGUAUUUGAAAGUUUGUACUGGAAUAUUUCUUGAACAGACACUGAGUAUUUGAAAGUUUGUACUGGAAGAUUUCUUGAACAUACUCUGAGUAUUUGAAAGUUUGUACUGGAAGAUUUCUUGAACAUACACUGAGUAUUUGAAAGUUUGUACUGGAAUAUUUCUUGCACAAACACUGAGUAUUUGAAAGUUUGUACUGGAAAUGAGGCUACUGUUUUUUUAGUAACCAAUUCAGAUGGUCAAGUUGAUUAUCUGUUAAUUCUUUAACCAUGAUAAUUUUUCUUCUCACUUUGUCAGCGCCUUCAAGAAACAAGGCAAGGUCAAAUAGCCCCUGAAUAUUUUGUCAUUAUGGAUAACUCAAGUCGUGCUCUCAAUAACAUCCUGGAACGUAAGGCGGCUCGUAGUUUAAUGCAGAUUGCCAGGACAGAUAACCCAGGUAUACUUAACUUUUGAGUCUAAAUACAUUUUUGAAAUCCAAACUUCAAUAUGGAAUAAGGGGUAUAGUUGUUUUUCUUUUCAUAAGAACAAUAUAUUUUCUUUCAAAAAUGUUAAGUGAGUAGUAAUCAUAUAUCCAUAAUCUGCUAAUAUUCUCAACAGUAGUUAAUCCCCUAAACAGAUAUGCAUGAUGAUGAAAUAUUUAAUUCUGACAAUCCAAGACAUGAGUAUGGUAUCAAGCACUUCUCUGUUUGCUACUAUUUAAGUAAAAAAAAUCUAGGAAGGGGUGUAGUUCCAUCCAUACAUUUCAGUCAAAACACCAUCUGUUUGUAAUACAUUCUGUAAUUACACUUCUGCUGGGUAGAAAAUUACUGUUUGUUCUGUGACCUGUGUUAAGCUGAUGAAAAUUAAUCCAAUACCUUGUGUCUCUAUGGCAGAUGGCUACAGAGAGUUUGAGCAGUGUGAGAUGAAUGUUAGUGGCACAUUCAGCCAGUUACCUCGCAAUGCGAUCCUGGAUGAGACCAGGGAGAAGAUCAACUCUGCUCUUGUGCAGCUGGCCAAGUCAGUAAAAUACAUUAUCUACCCGCUACUGGUGUUCAACAGAAAAAACAGUUGGAUUUUUUCAGAAAAGCACUAUUAAUUUUGUCCUUAAUUGAUGGUUAUUUUUACUUGAAGAUCUCACAAGAAUUUAAUAAUUACACAUUUUUAAUCAGACUUAUUUAUUUACUAUUUAUAUUUUUUGAGUUCUUUGUUGACUUACGUUGCGAUGCCUUUGUAUGACUUCUAACAUAACCCAGUAAACAAUCACUAUUUUUUUAGGAGUUUUUCAAAUAAUUGUUUGGACUUUAUAAAAUGAUGAUAUUUUUAAUUUGUGGGCUCCAUUCUUACAGACUAAAUGAUACACAAACUAGCUUGGAGGCAGUGCUGGACAUUGUCCAUUCCCCCAUCUACCCAACAAUCAAUGGCCUGGUGACACUGGAAGCUAUACUGAACUCAAGUAGUGACAUUCAACCUUUUGUUGACCAGGUUUUGGUGGUCUCAAGACUUAUGGUUUGUUGAAUUCAUUGAAGUAUAUUAACUUAAGUUUUUGGUUUCUUGUAUUAUAUCAGCCUCAGUUCUUUACUUUCUUAGACUUACAAAUUUCUUUCAAGAAAUUCAUGACUCUUAACUACUGAAAUUUAUGUUACAGAAACUGCCUAUGCCUCAGAUGUGCCUGGAAAUAUUUAGAGCUUGUUUCAUGGGUUUUGUGGACACCAAUGACUUUUCAGAGGACCUCCAGUGGGCAACAUUCACUUUCCUGAAAGUCCCUCACAUCCUGACCAGCGUCAAACAGCAGAUGCCUGAGUGGGAAAUGGGAAACCAUGUGGAGAAAGGGCUGGAGAUGCUGCUAGAGUUCUCUCACCUGCUGGACCAAACGGACAUCAAACAGAAGUCAGUCUCUUAUGGUCCCAUUGUAUUUUUCCCCAAUGCAUUAUUUCAGCCAGGAAGCAUUGACCCACUAAUGUUGUGUGUUUUUUUUAAAAAAAAGGUCAAGUCUUAGAAAUUGGAGUUUUAAUGUAGUGAUUAACAAGGCUGAUUGGGAAAUAGAUUCUUUGUAUUCAUCAAUCAUUUUAAAAUUAAUUUAGAAUAUACCCAUUGUCAAAGUAAGAACUGAAUAUUUUUUUUUUUUUAAAACAUUUUUUUAGUCAUAUGUAACAUAAAAAAAAAACUUUAAAAAAGUAAAAAAGAUAAAUGAGUAGCAACAAAUGGUGUUUGAGGAUCUAGUCAAAUCAAAUUUUCAUUUGAUAGUUAUUGUUAUAGCUUGACAGUGGCAUAUGCAUUUAGCUUAACUUUGUAAUUAUGUCAAUUGUCCUCCUCAGUUUUGACAUGUUUGGACAGUUCAUCACAGAGCUCCACAAGGCCGGCAUUAUCUCGGAGGCUCAGAAAAUGGCACUCAGUCAGCGCAGGUGGGCUGUUUUUAUUCUUUUUUAAAAAGUUUUCUUUAAUGCAUUUAUUGAUAUUGUAAUUGUAAAUAUUUCUUGGCCUAGCCAGAGCCUCUAUAACCCAAGGGCUGCCGACUCCAGCAAUGCUCUCUCUUUAUCUUUGUAUAUAACUUGCUGUGGAGAAGUUAACUGCUCUUAGCUCAUCCAUAACAUAAAUGUCCAGGCAAGCAGAAUAUUAACUGUUGUUGCAGUGAAGUCUGGAUAACUACUAGCGCAGCAUCUUAUCUUUUACCAGUAUCUUAUCUUUAUAUACGUCGCCUAAACUUAUACAGAAGCAAGUGGGAGUGGGCAAUCGGUCAUUUACAGUCUCAUUUAAAUAAGGAAUAGCAAACGUGAAAUUAAGGUCGGGGAGGAAAGAUUAGAGACAGUACGUGACUUCAAGUACCUAGGAGCAAUAGUCUUAGAAGAAGGUUCCAAGCCCGAAUUGAUGUCCAGGAUUGCCCAGACCACAGCAGCACUAAAGAGGCUUAAGAAAAUAUGGAAUGACAAAAAUAUAGCCCCCAGCACCAAAAUCAGGCUAAUACGCUCAUUAGUUCUCUCCAUUUUCCUGUAUGCCUGCAAAUCCUGGACAUUAACAGCCGAACUUGAAAGGAAAAUAAAGGCGAUCUCUAAUGAACAAGGGAAAGAAAAGAUUCGUCAAGCAAUUGGGCAGUAUGAUGACCUCCUGGUGACUGUAAAAAAGCGCAAACUGGAAUGGUACGACCACGAAACAAGAAAACAAGAGCUCGCCUAAGAAAUCAUGCAGGGCACAACGAGAUGAGAGAGAAGAAGAGGAAAUCAGAGAAAAAGAUGGGAAGAUAACACCAAAGACUAAAACUAGGCGAUGCUGUGCGAAGUGCAGAAAACAGAGAGGAAUGGAGACGGAUAGUUUUCAUGUCAUCUGUGGUACCCCAACGGUCUAAGGACUAAGGGACAUGAUGAUGAUGAAACAUGAAAUGGAGGUUUUUGAAUAUUUAUCUGAACUCUUGACCUGAGAUUAGGUUGAUACACUGAAGCCUGCUAAUGGAACAUUUCUCUUAACAACUCAUUGACAUAGCUAAGCUUAGCUGACACAUUGAAGGGGGAUAACUACUUUGAAUUAUAAGAUAUUAUGUAUGAUUUUCUACACAGGACUGGUAAAAAAAAUUUCCCCUUUCACAUUUUCCUCAAAAGAAUAAUUUCUUUCUUUACUUAUCUGUUCAUCUGUCCUUACAAAGAUACUUGGUUUUCUAAAGUGCAUUUCUUAAUUUCAGAGCGGAACAAAGAAGUAGGCUGAGACCAUCUGAUAUAUCUGGUUCCAACGAUGGCAAGAAUCUCAGUAGAGUCACACAUGCAGAGGCGACAGUCACGAGUAUCUUAAAGGUUGGGGAGUAAUUUGUUCCACUCUUCUCUUUCUAGUUUUACACAUUUAUUCAAACAGACAUUUCAUAGAUGAAAUUAUCAAGUUUUGACACAUUUUUUAUUUACCGGCAUCAUUCUUUUUUUUAAAGCUGUAAUUUUUCUCUAAAAAAAACUAUUUUGAAUCGGAAUACGGUUUUCAUAUAUUAUUUAAUUCCUUUAUUUUUACUUCUUAUUUUCGUUUUAUUGUAAAAAGAAGAGAAAUGUAUUUUGCUUUUUGUUAGAAGCAGCUUAAAAUGUUAAUAUUUUCACUGGACACGGGCAUGCUUUCAGUCAUUGUAUUUUUUAAUGUUGGUUUGUGUUUUCUAUUUUGUUUAUAUAUUAUUAAACCUUUUUGUCUUAAAACAAAGAGAAAGAGAAAACAAUCAUUACUGCUACCUGCUUAUUGGUUAUCUAACUUUAUUCACUAAUUUCUAUUUAGUUCUAAAAUUCUCUUCAUUUAAACACAAAUUUUGGUUGGAUUAAGCGAUAUAUGCAUGCAAAAAACAUGAUUGAAAUGUUACAUUAAAGACUGAGGCUAUUAAAUAUAUUGCAAAUAUGGAAACACAUUAGUUUUGAACGAUGUAUAUUGAAGGGUUUUCACAAAAGCUUCAGCCACAAUGCCUAAGCUAAAAGCUUUUGUAUGUAUCAGGAGAGUUCUAAUUGGGGCAAAACUUACUCUCUCCAGGGAAGUGCCACUCUGGACAGGAUGUUAAAGGUGAAAUAAUUUGUGAAGUAAAAGUGAUGAAUUUGUUUGAUGUUGUCACAUUGCAGGCUGUUAUUGUUGCACAGCAUUUGGACUGUUCCCAUUAUGUUGUUUUUUGUGGCACAGAAGCUGUCAUGUAGAAGUACGUUGGGAAUUUUCCCCCCUAUGUUGUCGUUUUGGCACAGCAUUGCAAUUGUUCCAUUGUUAAAACCUUUUUUCUGAACCUUUUGAUAGUUUUAUACUUUUGACAAUUCCAUUCAUAUGUUCCCUAUAAAACAAUGCCCCUUAUUGAUCAUUUCUGCUUAUCUGAAUGUCUGUAUGCAUAUUGGAACCUGUACUGAUUUCAUUUCUUGUCUUUUUUUGCAGUGGCUUAUUUUGAAAAAAAUAUUUAAAGUCUUUUGGAAAUAUUCGCAAUAAAUUUGAGUAUUUGUUCUUUAUAUAAAUUUAUUUUUUGAUCUGUAGAUCAUAAAUAUUCCUGUCUUUCAGUUUGGCUAAAACUAUUCCAAACCAAGAAAAUACCAAUCGCUUAUUGUUAUUUGACAACUGACAGAUUUAUGUAUUAUUUAUUUCAUUAUGUUUACUGUUUGGGUUUUAGAAAAUGUCCAUCUUAUGAUAAUUUGGGGAGUGGGUGGGUGGGGAUUGUCUUUUGCUUUGUUUUCCCUUUCUGGAUGUACCUAAUUAUUUAAUUCCAUAAAUGAUUUAGAAACAGCUUUUUAUAUAUGUAAUAUGUGUGUAUGUUUGGACAUUUCACUUACAACUGAUGCUGACAUAUGGCACAUUGUAUAACAUUCUAUAUUGGAAUUGUAAAUAAGAUAAGAUAAUAUUCUUUUAUUGAUCCAAAUCAAUGGAAAUGUUUUGUUAAAAUUAAAAUGUACAUAUUCAUUUUCAGCCCAUAAAUAAAUACAUAUUUUAACCAAAACAUUUUACAAUUAAAACAAUUUAAACACAAGACAUUUGAAGUAUUUUUCUAGCGUAGAAAUCAUCCGUCAAUGAACUCCCUUAGUGACAGUAUAAAUGUAACUAUAAUCGAUAUUUCAACUAAUAUAGAAUCUGAAAUUUACUUCUUCACUCAAUGAGAUGUUGUGUUGAAACAAGUUUAAGACAUGCAGCUAUUAAUACACAGUUACAUCACUGAAAAUUGAUAUUUUUCUUUAUGUAAUUAUGCUUGGAUAUUGAAUCAAAGUUCUGGCAUCUCACAAAGAUUUAGUUUCAGAUUUAGUAGAGAGACAUGAGCAGUCCUUAAUAAUAUUUUUUGUUACUGUAUUGAAAAAAAAGAUUUUAAAUUUUGAAGUAUAUAGUAUUUACUCUGAUAUGGGUUAUGAUUAAUGCAUACAAUUGUUUGGUGUUGGCUCUUAACGCUAUAAUAAAUGUGCAUAUGACAGUAUUGUUGCUGGGCUAGUAUGGUGGUUUGUCACCAUUUGUUUGCUAGCAGCUUCACAUGCCAGGUUGAAAUUUUUUGUCCAGACUUUUAAAUUAUCAUGUGGACAAGGAAGGGCUAAUGUAUUUGCAAUACAUAAUCAUCUAGAUACAUUGCAAUAUACAUCAGAAAAGUAAAUGUACUGGAUGAAAACACAGGACUUAUGAAAAAGCUUAUCACAUCGCUGGAAUGGAUUGUUACUCUCUAGCACUUCAUACCCCGUUUAAAGUACCAUGUCAUAAUAAUCUCUAAGCACUGCUGGAGGGGGAUCCUCCUGAAUGCCAUUCUUAUGUCAAUGCUGCAAGACAUGAACUUUUUUGUUAAUUUAGUGCAUGAUGAGAACAAGUUGAUUAUGGUGGUAAAGAAUAUCUGUUAUGUAAAAAUAUAUAGGAUGUGUCUGUAUAUUUAACAAUGUCCAAUUUAUGUAGGUUUAUUUAAUUUUUGAUAAAUACAAUUUAUCAUUUUAGUAAAUGUCUGAGAUUUUAUAUCUCUAGGCUCAAAUGAGAUUGUAUACCGUACAAUAGUUGUUUUUUUUAGUGGCCGUAGCAAAAAUGAGACACUCUUGUGUUUUAAGAGAAAAAUGAUAAUUUUUUUAAAAUAAAAAGUUAACAAUAAGAACACGAGGAGAGGAGUUUGUAAAUGUGUUUUUAAGGAUUAAAGUGAGAUUAGUUUAACUCAAUAUUAAAUCACUGAGGAAAAAUUUCUCAAAGUCUCACAUUUAUUUUACCUAUUUUAAAAAGUUCCAGCUAAUAUUAUUUAACUGUUUUACAUUUUCUCGUCAUAAUGAUAUAUAACUGUUAAAAACAUUGGCUGGUUAUAUGAGACAUAAACUUAUUCAUUCUCUUCUAUCAGUCUCUGGACUCGGACCCUCAGCGGAACUCAGACUCCAUGGUUAAGGUGUUGACCAUCAUGCUUCAGGGACACAGUUUUGACAUUCUGAGACUGGCAGCAGCGUGCACAGGCAGGCUUCAUGAUUUUAUGUCCAAGCUCAUCAGGUAAGAGAUGCGACGAGUGUGACUUUUGAUGUAGCUUUCACUGUUGUAUACAUUUCAGUCAGUUUUGCUCCAGAGGGAUCUUGAGCUUAGCACAGGGCUGUUGACUGACUUUCGGUGGCUCCUGCCACUUUUCAAUGAGUCCCCCAUUCCCUCUGUUCGAAGUUGAAGGGUUUUGCCACAUCACAACUUUGGGCCCCAUAAAUAGCUGAGGUAACCUGCAGCCACUGGUUGCAGGGUCCACGCAACCUCUGAUCUGGCAUUUCUAAUACUGAAAGUACAAUAUUAAGGAGAAAUUUUUAUAUUUCUGGAAUGAAUAAAACAACUUUUAUUAACAAAAUCAUUAAUUUAUUUGUAUUAAAAUUGUUCUAUAAUUUGUUCUCAAAUUUAAUUGAUUGUGAUAAAAUACACCUUAGCAAAUACUGACUGACAAUUUUUCAAUGGUAACAUACACAUACUUGAUGACUUCAUUGUAGAGUUAUUUUUACAUCGCUCACAAGGGCUGAAACUGUUUUUGUUAUAGAAUCAAUGAGCUCGCAUCCCAAACAACAAGUGAGUCCUUGAAGAUCCCAAACAGAAGCCAACUAUUUGAUGUGACAUUCCUCAUGAUCAUCAGCAUAUUCCAACAGAAUGGACUAUCGGUAAGACUUUCUGUGUAAACUUGAUCCACCAGACAAAUAGAGACCUUUACAAUAGUGUUUAUUUUGUAUGCAUUACACAUUUUUUAAACUUAUUGAGUUAUAAAUUUGAUUGAAGAAAUAUGCAUUAGUAAGUGAUUCUCAAAUACUGUUUUAGAUUCAGUUUCUCUCCAACAUGUAUCCAAGACAUUGUUGCCAUGAUUAAUUGCUAACAAAAAAAUCAAAUGACAUUCACUAACUUUGUGGUUUUGAAUUGCAAUGAGGGCUAUUCUUUUUUCCCCUCACAGAUAGCCCUGUCUAAUAAAGAAAAUGAAUACUCCCUUGUAGUUCAAUGGGCUAAAAGAUGGCUCCCUGAAGAUGGGAAGUAUAAAAAUGUGGAGUCCACAGAGGAACAGGACAAAAUUGACUGCAUUCUGAAUCUGAUGCUGAGCAAUGCUGAAAUAGUUCCAUGUGGACAGUAAGAAACCAAGCAAUCUGAUAUAUUCAGGGAUUUUGUGAUGUAGCUAAAAAAACUGAAACUUGAGACUUCCGAUUCUUUUGAUGUAAUAUAAGUAAAGGCCAGAACUUUGUUGACACAUUAAAUAUUAUUUAAAUAAUCAAAAGUGAUGCUAACGUGGUAAAUAGUCUUUUCUAUGUUGAGAUAAUAACAAUGAGUUAUGUACCUGUGCUAUGGAGAGGGUAUCUUUUAUAUGGGCAUUGUAUAAACCUCAUUAUUGCUUUUGUUUUGGCCUCUUAGAGUGAAUGGAUGGAAAGAGCUGAUUAUGUACCUGCCCUAUGCCUUGCAAGAAGUGCUGUUUGCUCUGGAACACAUGGCACUUACUUUGGAUAAGGUCAAGGUAUGUCCAGUUAAGGUCAAUCUAUAUCAAGUUAGCCAGACACAAAAAUGCUCAUUCCUAAAUAUAUAAUUUGUUAAAGUUAUCCCUAACCUUAUCAUUAUGCUAUUAUCCAUUGGGAAAGGCCCUGUUUAUCAAAUUGUCCCUUCUUAAUGGACUACUGACAUUUCAUUUCAGUUAUCCCUUUUCAAGAAAUUUCAUUUAUUACCACCAUGUUGAUCCAAUUUGCUUAUUACCAUCAUAUUGAUCAAUUUUGCUUAUUGCCACCAUAUUGAUCAAGUUUGCAAUUUGGUCACGUGUCCAAGGGUCUGACACCAUGUUGACAUUUAUCAGCAUAAGAGUCUUUGCUGCAUACGGAGUGUUGAUGUAGUUGAUGACAUGAACGAUGCCAUUUCUAUCUCCCCCCAUCCCUUAGCUCAUCAUCGACCACAUCCGCAAACAGAACAACAAAAGCCUGAUUCUUGUGUGCACCACCUACCUGUGUAACUACAUGAACAUGGUUGGGGCCAGCGCCAGAGUCAAGCCACUCAAGAUGCUGGAGUUCUUCACAGCUUCUUUAGGGAUAGAUGCGUGAGUUAACAUACAACCAAUCUUGUGCUUUAACACAUUGGGUAAAAAAAGCCAUUAAUUGACUUUUCUCUGUGGCUGGCACCAUUUUGUUUGUUGCAGGUCAGGUCAGGUCAGGUAGUUUAUUGCUUAAACAAUGUAUUUUAUUAACUAAAACUAAAAUCAUUUUCACUGUUGAAUAAUUUAUUAAAGAAAUAAUUUGUAUCCUCUUUUAUACUUCAAUUCAUUGUUUUACAUUUGAAAACAUUUUUUGAUUUAAAAAAAAUGUCUUUGAGUGGUCAAUCAUUUCCUUUUUAUCAAGUAUCUAUUUAGACCAAAAAUUGAUGAUUUUGAUGCUGUCAUGGCCAAUUUUUUUUUGUUAUUAACUGAAUGGAUUCUUGAUAAAGCGGGUAACAGAUUUAUAAAAAAAAAUGAAAUUAUUUCUCACCCUGUUGACGCUUGCUAGCAUUCUUCCCAACAGGAAACUCCCAAUCCAAGCCAUCAUUGACAAUAUCAUCUUUGACAUUUUACCCGAGGGCCACCCUCAGAGACCGGCCAGGCGUUACCUGCUGUCCAGCAAAAAACUGACCAGUGAGAUUAUGAACGAGACGCUAAAAGAAUCAUUCCACAGAGGCUGGCUCAACAUGGCAUCAUUACACACACUUGAACAGCUGUUGGUGCUGAGGGGCCCUGAUUGGUUUUGUGGGGAAAUGGUUGAGGUAGGUGGCGGCUUGUUGUUGUUUGUUUUGGUGGGUGGCAUCUGGUUGUGGUAGGUGGCUUUCAGAAGCCCUGUUCAAGCUUUUUUUAAUUGUAUACUUUUCAAAAUUAUUACUUUCACAGUAACUUUUUGACAUGGAUGAAAAUUACCAGUAAAAGUGUCAAAGGAAAAAAUGAAAAACUUAUUAGAUAUCCUUUAUCUUCCCUGUAUAUAAGAUAGUUUCCUUUCUAAAUAUCUUAUUUUUUCUCUCUUAUUGGCAUCACUUUCUCACACAUAUCAAAUUAUUUCCUCUCUUUAUUUAUUCAAUUAUUUCCUCUCUCUAUUUAUUCAAUUAUUUCCUCCCUGUAUAGCACUUGUUAAAACAGAAUCACACUGACGAUGCCUCACAGUCUCUGAGUCUGGCAUUUGCCAUCAUGCACAUGGACCUGGAGCGCAUGACAAUCAGCUUGCUGAGGCGGGUGCUGCCCAGACUCCUAUCAACACCACAGACCAACCUGCUGACAGACCCUCGGGGCUACUGCCUCGCUAAGCUUUGUGUGCUCAGCAUAACAGCAACUCAUAUGUCCAAGAUUGGUCAGAAAGGUCAGUGGGUAUUUAGUCUUGUGCAUGCAAUUAAAAGAUUCAUGUUUGUAGUCAUAAUCAGGUACAAGAUUGGCAUUUUUUCUAGCAUGCAAUUGCUUAACUUUAAAUAAACCAGCUCGGUCCUUUCAAAUACAACUGACAGGUUGUUUUUUUUUUUGUUUUUUUGUUACAUCAAAAGUAGUUGCAAGAAGGCAUGAAAUUUUCCAUUUAGAUUAUGCUUUUAAUAUCAGCACACAAAAACAUGUCUACUGUAAUUUUACUUUGGUUAAUUUUUUUUUUAAUCAAGCAUUUAAAUUAUUUGUAUGCCAAAACUUACUGAGACAAUAACUGUUGCUCUUUUUUUGCAGGUGGGCUUAAAAAUAAAAGUAAUCCAUGUUAUCCAAUGUAUUAGAUUAUAAUAUGAUCUAAGGUAUUCAAUGAAGAAUUUUAUCCACAGAGCCUUAUGUCAGAAGACUCCACAAACGUACAGUGCUUGAACUAGACUUUGAUGAGGUAAACCAGUCAUUAUGUUUUCCAUACUUUUAAAUAUAUACACAUAGUAAUACGGUAAUUAGCAAGAUGCUAUGGUUCACCAGGGUCAGAAACAUUAAUUACCUAUGAGCAAACUAAAUUGGUAUAAAAUUAAUUUUGAUCUUCUGUUGUGGUUAGUAAGAAUAAAAAUAUCAGAUAUUCCCAACAACAUUGCAGGUGAGAACCUGUCUUGUAUCUAUGAUGAUGAUUAUUUAGUAUGUUCAUAGCCCUUGUGUCCAUGCAAGUUUACUCCAACUAAAUAUUUUCUAUCAAUGAAUGCUAACUCUCCCUAAUUCUUAUCAUCAAAAGCUUAUGAUCAAUUCAACUGCACUUCUUUCUCCCCAUAUGCAUUUUUUUUCCCAGGAUGUGGAAGACACAGAGGCUUCACCUGCCAAGCUCCGUAAACUUUCAGAGCCUCAACUGAGCUUAAGCCUGGAGGACUUUAAUUUAGGUACGGUAUAUACUCGCAUAUAAGCCGAAUUUAGAACUAUAAAAUACAAUACUGAAAUCAGGGGGACGGCUUAUAUGCGCAUAAAACAAAAUGGACACAAGGACAGACACUAAUGCCAAUUUUCCAGCCACACAUUUUCAUCACUAUCUGACUCUUUAUUUAGUUGUGUGUACAGAGUACUAAUAGAUAUAUAUACAGAGGUGUCACUUCAAAAAAUUUCAUGUAUGCAAAGCUGAUAAUUAUCCUGAGUAUGAAUAUUACCAUGGAGAAUUCAUUUUCCAAGUCAAAAAUGGCAUAAACUUAAGAAAAAGAUACUUAAAAAACAGAAAAUGUUUUCUAUGUCUAGGGUUUCUUAACUAAUACUCUAUGCGCAGAUGUAUAGAAUAAAGUGAGACUGACACGACCGCGUGGUUGAGUGUGCACCAGUGGUGAGUCUUAACCAAGCAAGAGCUAGCGGUGAAGCCGAUGUCAUCGGUAGACGGUCUGAUUUCUUAGAAAUAAUACACUCAAAAGAAGGCGGUCGUAAGGGAAUCCCCUUAAAUCACAUGCAUAGGCAUGAAGAGGGGAGACAGAGGCAGCCAGUUGGUAGGCAGCGCAAGGCAUGGGAAGGGGGACGAGGGUCGCGUGGCUUGUAGGGGAAUAGCAAACCAACGGGAAACCAAUGGGGCAGACGUGAGCACGCAGCCACAGAAUUUAAAAGUCUGCUUAUAUGCGGGUUUUCGCAAAAACUGGCCAUUUUAAAGCAGUUUUAGGGGGUCGGCUGAUAUGCGAUGUUGGCUUAUCUGCGAGUACAUACAGUACUUUAUUUAUGAAUAAUCACAUGGCCUCGCCUUGACAUCAAAACUAGAAAAGGCAGCAGUGUUUUAUAUUUAUUAGCAUUGAUAGCAACAAUAUUGUUCAUUUACCUAACAACUUAUUCAUACUUUCAAAAGUAACUUUGUAUAUACUCUGGAAAUGUUUAUGCCACCUGUAUCAAGCUAGUAAUUCAUCAUUGUUCUUAACUACAAUCAUCAAGCUAGUAAUUCAUCAUUGUUCUUAACUACAAUCAUCAAGCUAGUAAUUCAUCAUUGUUCUUAACUGCAAUCAUCAAGCUAGUAAUUCAUCAUUGUUCUUAACUACAAUCAUCAAGCUAGUAAUUCAUCAUUGUUCUUAACUACAAUCAUCAAGCUAGUAAUUUAUCAUUGUUCUUCAGCUGCCCUUGCUGACAAAGAAGAUGGUGAGGUCCUGCCAACAUGUGAUGUCAAGGAACCAUUGGAUAAAGCAUUAGGUAAAUGUUCCAGUGUUUACAAAGUGAUCCAACUUAUUUUUUGUGAUGCUAGUUUUGCUAUAGGAAGUAAGUAAGUGAUAAUGGGCUUUAUUUAAUCUCAAUACAUUUUGCCAAUGACUCAAUUUUUAAAUUGUUUUAUUAGAAGUUCAACCUGCAGCAUGAAUAAUUUAUAAUUAAAAUUAAUCGCUCAAAGUAAGAUUUUUUCCUUCUUUUAUUGUGCAUGCUUGGAUCAUAUCUGGUGCCCAGAUGUUGUCUUAUAAGGUCAUAUUUUCUUCCAUACCUCAUUCAAGGUUAGUUUUAUGGACUUUGUUUGUUUGUUGAAACAUCAACUAACUUUGUGCUCACACAUCCUGGGUUUUCUUAUCGUUAGUGAAUCUUUUCCUGAUGAUGAACACCAUCCUGAUGAAUAGAACCCUUACGCCUCGAACUUGGUUCAUUGUCUCCUUCAUACAAGAGGCCAUCAAGUGCGGUGGAGCCCACUCACGUUUUAUAUUUCAAUUCAUGCCUCAAAACAUGGUGAGUGAAUAUUAUAGAUACAGGGAAGAACAACUUUCUAAUGAAUCUGAUAUCAAAACUGUGGGCAUUUCUACUGUUGCUGUUGAUCAAUUGAUUUUUGUUCUGAAAUAAGUGAUUUUUUGUUUCUUUCCCCUUAGGAUGUAGCGAAUUUUAAAUUGUCAUUGUACUGGAUCGUUGUCUCAAUUUUAACAUUUUUGUACUUUUCUGCUUUACUUUCUUUUUAGGCUUGAAUAUUUUUCUUUUAUGUUUUUUAGGCCAGUGUUUCAAAUGUUUCCAAAUUUUUUGUCAAAUGUUUCUGAAGAGUUGUCUUAACCACAACAACUUUUUGUGUUUCACAGUUAGCCCUAACAGAGCUAAAUGUGUAGAAUUCAUGUAAUAAUAAAUUGCAACUCAUAGUUUUACAGUUGUGACCUUCUCAUUAAUAUGUUCCUUAUGUUUUGUAAUUCAGCUAAACCAGAUGAUGCGAUCUCUACCAGGCGUAUUUACAGAUGAGCACAUACUCAGGAUAUGUGACCUCUCCUCUGUGUCUGGUAGAAAAAUAGCAGCCAAGGCCAUCUGUAACAAUGCACAGAUGUCGGAACUCAAUCUUUUUGACUGAUCAAAAUGAGGCUACUGUUUUUUUAGUUCAAAUUUUCAAGUUGCUGAGAGUUACCAAUAUGAAAGUCAAACAAGUCUUCAAUACUGCAAGCGUUAAAUGUUGACUCGCAGCAUCAUGUUUAUGGGUAAGAUAGUUUAGGGUCCUCAGUAAAUAGAUCAAAAUACGCGUCUUCUAAGGACUGGAUUUAGUAAGAUGUUAAUUACAUGAGAAAAAUAAGAGAUCCAUGAUUUUUGCAUGUCAUUGAAAUGGUGUUAUGUUGAUGUUAAUUAAAUUUAAAUACAUGUUAACAUAAUUGAAAAUGAAUUAUUUGCAACCUGACAAUUAUAAAUAAAACCUUGUGAAAUAAUCA